AAGCGAUCUAUCUUCAACGAUUGAAAACUUGAAAAGUGUGACUACUAAUACUAGUAUUACAGAUAAAGAAAAGAAAGAAAUCGUCUAAGAUUCCCGUUAUCUGAAUCGAUUGUGAUAAUGAGACAGACCAAGGAAAAAAGUCUACAUCUACAUCGGCUUGAAGUUGAAGGACUAAAAGACCUAAGAUAUCAACAGAUGGCCUGUCAUGUGACUUUGAGAGCCCCUGUGAUUGGCUAAGUCCUCCUAUUGACAUGUUCACUCCAGGAUGGGAGGUACGAGAGGGGGCGUCGACCAACCCUUACACAGGACCCCCCGGAGGUUAUGAUCCGAGCGGGGAAGCCAUAGGGAACUACACCUAUGUCAGUUCUCAUGGAAAGUUGGAUAGGGCAAUGGCUGAACUGGAGAGCCUCACUUACCAAGAGAGUGGUGCUCUCUGCAGCAUCAACUUUUUCUACUACAUGAACGGAACUGACACCGGGACACUUACAUUAUCGGUUGCCAUGGACAACCAGAGAUAUCCCAUCUGGCAACGCUUGGGCAGCCAAGCAGCAAGGUGGAUAGAUGAAGUCAUACUGUUAAGGUCAAUGCCCUUGCCAUUCCAGAUUGUGUUUAAGGCUACGAUGACAGGGGGAAGUGAAGGAGAUAUUGCUCUGGAUAAUAUACAGCUUCUAGACUGCUCACCAGAUCAUGUAGCUCCCUCUUGCUCACCGAAUAGCUACUUUGAAUGUACCAACUUGGAAUGUAUCCCCAAAGAGAACCUUUGUGAUCUUCGACCAGACUGUCUUUUUGGAGAGGAUGAGCAGCCAUAA